AAUACAAAAACACAAUCGAACUCACUGCACUGUCUUCUUACAGAGAGAGAAAUAGAGCUUCCAGAAACAACCCUAGAAUUCUCUCUCGACGUUCUCCGGAGUCGGAGAAGGCACUCUCGUCCUUCGGUUCUACCCUCCGAUUAAUUUCUCUGCGCUAGGGUUGCAUCCACGACCUCCACAAUGCAUAAACUGAGCAGAGGCCACCGAGAUAAACUCCAGCAGUUUAUUGCUAUAACUGGUGCAAGUGAAAAAGUUGCUCAUCAGGCCCUGAAGGCUAGUGAUUGGCAUCUUGAAGGAGCUUUUGAUGUAUUUUACAGUCAGCCCCAAAUUAAAGCAUUCACCGAUUCUAGACAUUUGGAAGAGCUUUAUAACAGAUAUAAAGAUCAAUAUGUCGAUAUGAUAUUGGCUGAUGGUAUCUCACUGCUCUGCAAUGAUCUUCAGGUGGAUCCUCAAGAUAUUGUUAUGUUGGUUGUUUCUUGGCAUAUGAAGGCAAACACAAUGUGUGAGUUUUCCAAACAGGAGUUUAUAGGUGGAUUACAAGCACUAGGGAUAGAUUCUCUGGAGAGGUUCCGAGAAAGGAUACCAUAUAUGCGCUCCGAGUUGAAAGAUGAUCAAAAGUUCCGUGAGAUUUACAACUUCGCAUUUGGUUGGGCAAAAGAAAAGGGGCAAAAAUCUUUAGCAUUGGACACUGCAAUUGGAAUGUGGCAGUUACUAUUUGCUGAAAAGCAAUGGCCCUUGGUUGACCACUGGUGUCAGUUCUUGCAGGCUCGGCACAAUAAAGCUAUUUCUAGGGACACAUGGUCUCAACUUCUGGAGUUUGCAAGGACUGUGGGGCCUACACUAUCAAAUUAUGAUGCUGAAGGUGCUUGGCCAUACCUCAUCGAUGAAUUUGUUGAAUACCUGAACGAGAAUGGCAUAAUCCAGUGGUCAGCCGAAUGAUUUGAGUCAAAUAAGAUGAUAUGAUUUGAGUCAAAUAAGAUGAUAUGCUACUGCGCAAUUGGUCUGGGAUUAUUCGUAUUUAUCUUGGUGUGAUUUAAAUACCCUCUGGUUGAAUUCAUUGGGGAAAUAAGAUAUAAGAGGGGGAAGAAGGCGAGUGACUGACAUCCGAGUGAAGACAUUUUAUUUAUGUUGGAUUUGGUGCAUCAUCUAUAUAUUAUUGAGUGAAAAAGUGAAUUUUUAUAGUAAUAAUACUGUGAACGCUCACUCUCUUCCCUGUUU